AUGUCUUGGACGGGCGUCCAUGAACAACAGAUUGAUCAACCAUCACAGGCGUUCGACGGCGUGUGUACCUCUGACGGUCGGUCCAUACUCCAUCAGGAGGAUGAAGUUCACCUACCUACUUCGACCAUAAAUCCAUCAUUACUUGACAUGAGGUCAGCUGGUCUCGCAGGAAAAUCUCAGCAGAGAUACGAUACCAUGAACCACUCCAAGAAGAGGAGUUUGAAACGGUUGAGGAUAUCAGACCAAGACGAGAGAACCCGCUCCACUGGUGUCACAGAGUUCCAAUAUGUCGGUGGGCUGCAGAGAACGCCUACGAAAGCACCUACAACGGCAGUAAGAAGUCUGUACACGGCGAUCGAAAGUGAAGACUGGCAAAGCAGGCUGAAAUCGAUGGCUACCUCAUGUGCUGGCUCAAAUCAAAUGAACAUGAGGCCGGUCUCUAUGGCAUUGGACGCAGUCGUCAAAACUUUGCACGGGUUGGAGACCGUACAAGAGUACAUCGCUCUGAUGAGACGACUCGUCUUGCUUCGCUUGGCACAUCAUUACCUUACUUUCUACAAUCUACUGAAAGAUGAUCAUUGCGAGCGAAGAGCCCAUCGUGAAAGAACUGGUGGCAAGCUGGAAGUUCGAGUGCUGGAUUCCAUGAUAGUGGCGGCGUUUCCCAAAGUUGGAACUCCGCCUAAUGUUGCUGGGCAACCACUAGACGACUGGCGAGCGCGGACGCAGAAAGAGCGAAAAUCAAUCUCAAAUCAACUCCGGGUAGCCAAACACUGGAAAGCCGCCGUCGACUCGUUAGGAAUGGGCGGAAUAGCUCUAUUCCCGGCAAAAGGGGAGGUGAACAGCGCGUUCGACGAUGAGGUUAAGAAGUGCAAACCUAUCCUAGCCUCAAUCUGUGUACCUCUCGUGCCGCCUUUCCCUCCUUUGUCGUUCCUCUCUGAGUGCCUCUUCGACAUCGGUCAGGCCUUCAAGGCGACCAUGAAACGUAUCAUGACCCUGUCCAAUUUGAUUUCCACCCUCUGCAAUAUGUGUGCCAAAGUGGAAGGAGAGAACGGCGACCUGACAAGAUGUCAGCCUCAUAUGUUCAAGCGACUUCAAGACGCUGACCACCAAGAGCUCAACCAAUAUGCUGGCAGCGGUGUCUUUAAUAGCUGUGGCCAGCAUCUCACGUUGUAUCAAUGGGGCACAAUAGGUCGAGUACCCGGACGUUUUUUGGCAGGUACCAGCUUCAAUAUCGCGUGA